UUUUGAAACGAUAUAGAAAAAUUGAAGCCGCUGUGCUGAAGUUCAAACAACCUACCUAAGUAGCGUUAGUUUGUAAAAUUUUCAAAAUUUAAAAAGUGAUAUUUCUUAUCAAAAACUGAACAGAAACUAAAAAAUUAAUGGAUAAUGGAUAGUGCUGCGAGUUUUGAUGACGAAAAUAGUGAUAGUGAUUACAUGAAUGUUUCUUCGGAAGAAAUUUCUGAAGAAGAGUUUGAAGAAAAUGUUACAAGCAAACGAAAAACUUUUCAGCUUAAUAAGCGUAAAGAUGGUCCUGAAAUCAUCAAAAACCCAUUAUCCAAGCUUAAUAUAAAGCCAACUAAUAAUCAAACCCCAGUAAAAAUGAGUUUGAAGCGAAAAUUUUCAGUUCAAAACUCAACAACAACAAAAAAGGAAAACCAUGAUGGAUCAUCGUCGUCCAUUAGCUUUCAACUCAUUUCGGCUUCACAGUCGCCUGAAGAAAUAUCAUCAAUUUCUAUUCCUACCACUCCCACAAUGGAAUUGGACGCAUCAUUGUUAAUGCCAGCACCGGGAGGAAGUGAUGAUCCUCCAUAUUUUCCUGAAAAAUAUGGAAAACUUUGUGCCUUCUGUAAUUUGGGUGAACGGAGUCAGUUAGGUCAAGGUGAAAUGUUGCGUUUGGAAUUGACUGAAGAGGAACUGAAUUCAUUACCAGUGUCUUCAUCGGAACAACAAUUAUCAACAUCAACAACAUCACUUGAUGAUGACUCAAAGAAUGGAAACGACGAUAAUAAAAUAAUGAAAAGCAAUUCUAGUAGUGGCUUGCUGCAACAAUUAAAUCGACGACAAAAAGGAUUAAAUAAAUGUAAAAAUCCUAUUCAAACAAGUGAAUAUGUUGAUGAAUUGGAGAAAAUCGGUCAUCAAGACACGAUCGAUCUCAAUCAAUUGACUGAAAAUGGUUUCUUCUAUGUUCAUCGUUUAUGUGCAAUGUGGUCGUUUGGUGUUGAACGUGACCUUCUUAAUGAUACGCUCAGCAAUGUUUCAGCGGUUUUACAACAAAGUCUCAUCAGAAAAUGUUCAUAUUGUGGACAUUUCGGUGCAUCAGCAACAUGCAAAAUUACAUGUCAAAAGGCUUUUCAUUUUCCAUGCAUUGCUGCUUCCGGAAGCUUUCAAGUGUUUCAAUCGUGUACUGUUUUCUGUAGUGAUCACUUGGGACAAGUUCCGCUCUUAUGCUCUGAUGCUGAAAUAAGUUGUCGAACAUGCUGUGGUUUGGGUGAUGUUAGUAACUUAAUGAUGUGUACAGGAUGUGGCGAUCAUUAUCAUGGCACAUGUAUUGGAUUGCCACAACAACCAGGUGUAAGAGCUGGUUGGCAAUGUGCAAAGUGUCGUUUGUGUCAAAUCUGUCGCAUUCCUGACAACACAGAAGGUCGUUCAUUGGCAUGUGAAAAUUGUGAUAAGCUUUAUCACGCUCAAUGUCUCCGUCCCAUCAUGGCAACAAUUCCAAAAUACGGUUGGAAAUGUCGAUGCUGUCGUGUUUGUUCUGACUGUGGUGCACGAACGCCAGGUGCUGGUGCAUCGUCUCGAUGGCACAAUCACUACACAGUUUGUGAUUCGUGUUAUCAACAGCGUAACAAAGGAUAUUCAUGCCCCAUUUGCCGCAAAGCUUAUCGUGCUGCUGCUUACAGGGAAAUGGUUAAAUGUUUUAUUUGCCAGAAGUUUGUUCACAGCACUUGCGAUGUUGAAGCAGAUUUAUCAGCUUAUGAGAAGCGAAAGGAAAUGAAUCCAGAUUAUGAGUAUACGUGUAACUUGUGUAAAGUUGCUGCACAAAACGAUCGUAUUGCCGCUGCAAUGCGAAGAAAUAAUGGCGAUGAUGAAAGCUUUUCAACAUCACAAGAAAGUAUAAAUGCGAUUGAAGAUGUUGACAUGGAAACGUUGGAUAUGCGUGGAAAGGAUGAUUAUGGAUUGGGAAAAGGAAAACCGUUUGUUGCAAGUAAGAUAGCGAAGAAACGUUUGGGAUUGACAGUUGCUGGAUUGAAUGCCCAAAGACCAAAAGGUGUCGGUAAGCUUGGAUUCCAAAAGCGAGCUCGAACCUUCGAACUGGGAAGAAAACGCGGACCAAAGUCAAAAAUGCGUGGAAUAUUUGGCGUUCCUGGUCUUGGAUUGCAAAGACCAAUUGCUGACUCAACUAAACAAAUUGACGAUGAACCAGGAACAGAAAAUCGUUUAGUUUUAUGUUCGGUUAAAGAUCGUUUUGUGUUAUCGCAAGAUGUUUGUGUAAUGUGUGGAGCAAUCGGAACUGAUCAAGAAGGUUGUUUGAUCUCAUGCGCACAAUGUGGACAAUGUUAUCAUCCAUAUUGUGUAUCGGUGAAAGUUACGAAAGAAAUCUUGCAGAAAGGCUGGCGUUGUUUAGACUGCACUGUUUGUGAAGGUUGUGGGGAGAAGAAUGACGAAGCUCGUUUAAUUCUUUGCGAUGAUUGUGACAUUUCUUAUCAUAUUUAUUGUAUGGAGCCACCACUUGACACAGUCCCUCAAGGCACAUGGAAAUGCAAAUGGUGUGCGAUUUGCUACAAAUGUGGAUCGAACGAUCCGGGUCCGAACUGUUCAUGGCAGAAUAGUUACACGGAAUGUGGACCGUGUUCAAGUCAAGUUCAUUGCCCAGCAUGUGUUGAAGUGUACAACGACGGCGAGCUGAUAAUUCAAUGCACGACAUGUGAUCGAUGGCUGCAUUGUCUUUGUGACUCGAUUAAGACUGAGGCUGAUGCAGAAAAGUGUGCUGAAGAUGGUUACAUUUGCUUGUUCUGUCGACCGAAAGAUAUUCCACCACCACAUCUACAAAUGAAGAAGAAACUUCCACUUUUCUCAUCGCAAUCAUCACAAUCGACUAAAGAUGAUUCAUUUGAUGAUUCUGAUAAUGUUUCGGCAUUCGCAUUAGAAGGAAGUCAUUACAUUGAUGGCGUUUAUUUAAGCGAACGUGGCUUGCAACAAAUCAAAUCACUUCAAACUGAACCAAAACGUGCAAAACGAAAACCAAAAGUCAACAUUGAGAAUGAAAAAGACGCGGGAAUUCUUGCUGCAAUUGAAUCUGUUGUAGCUGGAAGUGCUGAUAACUCGAUGGAAGAAAUUAAAGUUGAAUUGAUGGAUCCGAAUGAAGAAGCGCAAAUUUAUAAAGAUGGAAUGGAAUGGUCAAGUACAGAUCCAGCACCAGAAGGUUUCUCGCUUUUCACCACUGAAACUGGUCAAGUUUUGUUACGUAAGAAACGGCAAAGAAAUUUACAAAAACUUGGCAUUGGAGGAUUUUCUGUACGAAAUCGAGCAGUGCGAACAAAGGAAGAAGAUCCAACAUCAUCUUCACAAUUACCUGGCGACGAAACAAAGAAGAAGAAACCAAAUCGUCGCAAGCAGAAGAACAAACUUGUUGAAACUUAUCCAGCAUAUCUCCAAGAAGCUUUCUUUGGUCGUCCCUUAUUAGACUCGAAUGCUAAAGUGAAACUUGAAUCAAGCAGCAGCGAUGAAGAAGCUAAAAGUACAGUGUCAGAUGACAAAACCAUAAAACUUUCAUUAGAUGAACUUAAAAUGAUCGAAUCGAUGCGUGCAAAGCAACAACAAAAGCUUCUGGAAGAACAAAAACUCCUUCAAUUAAAUCUGGCGAAAUCUCAGCCAAACCUCAUGACAAACGGCUCGCAAAUUCAUUUAAAUCUUAAAAUGCAAAGUGAUGAAAGUCAAAUUUCAGGAAAUUUCAUUGGAAGUGCGUCAUCACAUCAAACAGGAAAUUCGCAACCUGAAAUCAAAACAGAAUCGAGUUUAAUGGAUGAUGAUGAGAAUAAUAGCGACACGGAAGCACUGAAAGAUGUUUUAGGAUUGCCGGGUGAUUUAUUGGACAAUGAUUUAGUGAAUACGAUAAUGAAUGAAGACGAUGAUCUCACGAAGAAUUCUGGUGACGAUGCGAAAGGUGUUAAGGAUGAUUUAGCUGACAUUCUCAGCCCUCAUUUCAAUCUCGAUUGCAAAGACAUGGAAGACAUGCUGUUCAAAAGUGUACUCACUGACGAGUCUCAAGAGUCGCAAGAAUCAAUGCUGACCAAUUCUCUCACAUCUUAUUCCACACAAUCAACGCCAUCUCAUCAAUCAGAUGCAUCACAAAUGCAUUUGAAUCAACCGACCACGCCUGUUUCAACAAAUGUCAUGACAACGUUGCAAUCACCUCAACCAGGCAUUUCAAGUAUCAAUCCAAUGCUUGGCAAUAUUCCACAAUCACCACAAAUUAUGAAUCAACCAAUUAUGCUUCAACAUAAUAAUCCAAUUCACAUGCAGCAGAAUAUUUUACAACGACAAACUUCACUUCCGGGAACAUCGGGAAGUAUGCCAGGAAUUGGCAAUCAAAGAGGGUAUUUUUCGUUUGACGAUUUUAGUAAUAGAAAUCUCUUUAACUCAGCACCGACAUUUCCAAAUCAAGCACAAUGGAAUGCAUCGAAUGAUAAUGAUUUUGAUAUGUCAUCGACAUCAAUGACACCAAGUGGUGCAAGUCAAGCGCCAAAAGUCAACAAUCAUCAAAAGACAUCGGAAAGAAUGGCAGAAGAUGAAAAACUUGGCGAGAUGUCAACAAUUUCUGCAGUUUUGUAUGCAAAUCAAAAUCAUCCAGAAUUAAAGAUUGAAUAUCCACAAUGGACAGAUCGUUAUAAGCAAAUUAUGAAGAAAUGGCGAGCAUUAUCAGCUGAUAAGAAAGCUCCUUAUCUUCAACGUGCACGAGAUAAUCGCUCAGCACAACAAGCUCAAUUGAGAACGAAGAAAGCUCAACAACAGUCGCCAGGACAACAAGUUAAACUGCCGGAUCAAUUACUUGACACUAACGCUUUUGCUAACAAAACUGAACCACCUCUCUCUAAUAAUAAUAAUAAUAACAAUUUACUAAUCAUGGCUAAUGAGCACAAAGAAUUUAGUUGUAGUGUUGGUGAUGAAAAUAUUGUUAAUCCCACUUCCAAUAAUAAUAAUAUUAAAGUUAUUGAUAACAAACUCUCAGAGUCUGAUGAUAAUAAUUCAAGCGGCGACGGUGGUGGUGAUGCUAGUUUAAAGCAUCAACAAUCGAAUGUUAUCGAUGAGAAAGACAAUUUGCAAAGUAAAAAUCCGAAUUUGUCAAUUGCAUCGAAUAUUGCGAAUGCUUUUAUUAAUUUAUCAACACCAAAGACUGUUAAUCCACCUGCAAGUAGCAACAAUAGUUGUAGUGGUGGUGGCGGUGUGGUGCAAGCAAAGAAUUUAAAUGUGAUUGUCACACAACAACAGAUUACGCAACAUUUUAUGAAAACUUUAUCAUUUACAACGUCACGUGGUGGAAUUUUUGUGCCAAAUGUUAUCGCAACAAAUAUCACGCCACAAUUUACAGUUCAUCAAUAUGGAUUGCAUGGGAAUGUUAAUGGGCCGGCACCAAAUGUUACAGUGAAUUCGAAUGGAAAUUUUAACACAAAUUCUAAUGCUAUUCGACCAGGAGCACAAAAUCAUUUUCGUUUACUUUUUCAACAAUCACCGAAUAUUAAUUUAAAUAUUAUUAAUAACCAGAAUUUCACAAAUGCCACCACACAAAAUCCACCGUCAGCAUCUGCGAUUCUUGAAGCUUCUCUUCAGACAAUUAAUAAAGUUGGUGUUGGUCAACCAACAUCAGCAUCAACAACACCGAAACCUAUUCCAACUAAAACCAUUAUUCAAAAUCCAAUCAUAACACCAAAGAAUACAAUUGUCUUACAACAACAACAUCAACAUCAUCAACAACAACAAAAAUCGAGUGAAGAAUCUCCACCCGAAUCCAUUCCAAUUCACGAUCAAAGUCAUCAUGUAAAUAAUAACGAUCAACAUAUUCGUGUUCUUACCCCGUCUGAAAUCAUGAAAACCUUACCAUCAUUAUCCUCCCAAGACAACAUUUGCUUUAAUAGUAGCAGCAAUAUGAUAGUAAAUGAUAUAAAUUUGUUAAGUAACGAUGGAAAUAAAACGCCAACACAAACUUCAAGCUCAAGCUCCGACACAUCAGGCUCUGUUGCUAAUAAUAGUUUUAAAACUUCCACAAUCUCUUCUCCCUUAACCAUCACCUCAGAUUGUAACACUUUAAGUAGCAAUUUUAUCACCACCAAAGCAACUAUGACUUCUAAUAAUGCACAAAUUCAAAUGGAUCAAGACAAGAUCACCGCACAACAAAAAAGUAUGAAAGAAGCUGAACAAGAACGUCAAUGGAAAGCUUUACAAGCCAUGCGAGCUCGUGAACAACAAAUGGGAAUUCCGCCUGAUCAAAGAAUUCAUCAUAUGAACGAAUCGAAUGUUCAACUUCAAAUAUCAACAAACCUCAACGAUGGAUCGAUGAGUCCCGUUGCAAGUCCAUCACCAAAUUCAAGAAAUCAAUUUAUUGCUCCAGCUAACAAAGGACGAAUGAUGAUGAACCCUCAAAGUCCUUCAAGCAAUAAUUUCCAACAUCCUGGUCGUCCCGUCUCAACUCAACUUCAAAGACAAACAAGUCAACAGCGAAUGAAUCAAAGUCCAUUUUCACCUCAAGCUACAACACCACAAUCACCACAUGAUGUUUUUCCUGGAUCUCCAUCAAACGAACAAUUUGCUCGUCCAUCAGAUGACCAACAAUUUUUGCAUUCACCGCAAACACCAAAACCAGUUGUUCAACAGCAAUCGCCAGUUCAUGUUCCAGGAGGUUCCAACAUGAACUUUGGUCAAAUGAAUCAAAAUCAGAAUCAGCCGCAACCAAAUAUUCGUCCAUUGGACAGCAUGGGUGGAUACGUGCAAGCUCCAGGAACUCCACGACCAACAUUUAAUCCUGGACAGACCAGAACAACAGUUUACGCUCGUCCCGAUAUGUUUAACAAGCCUCCGUUUGUCAUGGGUGGUCCAAGAGCUUCGGAUCACUUCCAACAACAACAAUCAAAUCAAGCACCACAAUCACCUCAGGAUCAAAACAAUCGACAACUUCGUGAUCUUCUACAACGACAACAAGCGCCAACAAACUUACCAUCGCCAUCACCUCAACCCAACAACAUCACUUCGCCAACAUUCACGAUGGAUGGCGAUCAAAUGAAGCCACAAAUUGUAUCAACACAACAGAACCAGCAGCAGAUGCAAACAGCACAAGCGACACAAUCUUCUGAUAACACUUUCCGUCAACCUUUACCACCAGGAAUGCGACAACCACGAAUGCAAUCAAUGGUUGGUGGUCAAAUGAUAAGAUCAACGCAACUUGGCAAUCCACAACGAAUGGUGAUGAAUCCUGAUAGUCGGCCAAGACUUGGUAUUCGUCCUGGAACUGUUUUGAAUCCACAACAAAUGUUGGCAGUUCAACAACAGCAGCAACAGCAGAAUCAAAUGGCACAACAAAGAAUGACUUUGAAUGCUCAAGGGAACUUCAAUCAAAGUGAAAUAAUUUCAUCGCAAGGUCAUCCAAAUGGUGAACAAAACACGAUAAUAACGCAAAGAAUCGUUCAAUCAGGACAAAAUGUUAUAAUGCAGCAAGUCGCUUCACAGCCACAAACGAGCAUUGCUAAUGAGAAUGCAUCGGCAACUGUUAAUCAAACGAGUGGCACUGACGCUGAAGGCAUCCCUGACUCAGUCACUGCUGAGCUUGAAAAGCUUGAACAAGAUGAGAAUGUUGGAAUGGACGGAGUUGGUGACAUUUUAGGUGGACUUGGCGAUGAUGAUGACGAUUUGCUUGAUUCACUGACAGCUGAGAUGGGCGCUGAUUUCAAUAUCUUGGAGUAUGCUGAUCCCGAGCUUGACACAACUGACGAUGAGAAGACAAAUUUACUCGACAGUUUGGAACUCGAUGACGGUGAGAAUGCGAAAGAAGAGAAGUUGAAGAAUCUUGAAGCGGAGAAGCUUGCAAAGCAGACGGGUGUCGUUAACAAUCCACAUCAACAGACAAACAUUCAACAUCAACUUCAUAAUCGAAUGCAUCCUGGUGGGCCAAUGCAACAAGGUGUUCAGAACAUGAACCUGAAUCAAAUUCCAACGAGCAUCAAUCAAAUUGAGAGUCAAAAUAUUAAUCAAGCAACUACCAGUCAACAAGGACAACAAGUUGUUAAUCAAAUUGGUGGACAACAAAUUGUUCUUAAUCAACAAGGUGGCAUAAAUCACUUUCAAAGACAACAAGUUCGAUUCAAAGCCGUUCCUCCAAGUCAAAUGCCGGAAAUUCAACAAAUUCAUCAACAAAUGAUGCUUCAGUUACAACAAGCAGCUGCAAAUGGAAAGCCAAUGCCUUUGGGAACGAGACUUGUAUCAAACAACAACGUCGUUGGAACUGUCAUCGGUCCAAAUAACAUUCAAUUGAACUUUGCAUCAAAUCAACAACGUCUUCAGCAAGUCCGAAUGGUGAAUCCAAAUAUGAUGCAUGGAGCUCAAAACAAUCCUCGAAUGUCACUGCCGCAAAUGCCACAGAACCGACCAAAUCUCAUGGUAAAUCCACAACAACCAAUCAAUCCAAACAUUCAAGGAAUUCAAUCAGCGAUGGUGCAACAAACGUUGAUUCAACAACCACAGCAACAACAACAAACCGCUGCUGUGCCACCACCACCGCCUUAUCCUGAACCACCCCCGCCAUAUCCAGGCCAAUCUGUCACUGGACAAAAUCAGGAACAGCCACUCUUGCUUGAAGAUCUACUCGAACAAGAGAAACGAGAACAAGCUAGACAUACAAGUGGCUCACAAAUUGAUCAAAUUCUCCCCAAUCAGAGUCAACAAAGUAUUCUGAAUGAUCAAGAUUACGAGAAACUUCGUGCUGAUGUUUUGACAUCAACAAAUCAAAGUAUUCCAAUGUCACAAAUGAAUCAACAGCAGCAGCAACAGCAACAACAUCAACAACAGCCACAAAGUCAAUUCAUGCCUCGUGGUGUAAUAAACAAGCAAUGGCGUGCACAAGCGCCAGUUAAUCCUGCACCACCAUCAACAUCAUCAAGUCUAGUUCCUUCUGUUCCGAUAUUCCAAGCGAACUUACAAGCAGCACCGCCAAUACCACCAGAAAAUAUCGUCACUGACGCUGAUAAAAUGACGCAAGCAAACUAUGAAGCUUGGCUUAAUCAACAGAACAAUUCACUUCAAGAACAAUUGCGUUACUACGAGACAGAAAUUCUCGAGCUAAGAAAACUGAAAAAGUCGUUAAACACAAAGCAAAGACAAUUGAAGAAGAACGGCAAUGAAUUGAGUGACAUUGACUCGAAAACUUUAUCUUUAGUGACACAAGAGCAAGCGACAGUUCAAAAGCAUCUUGAAAGUGCACGAAAACAAGCUCGAAAUCAUCUCGCAACAAAACAAGAUUACGAUGCAAAGAAAGCUGCAAAGCAGAUGGCAAACAAUCCUCACAUGGUGACAUCACCAGCUGGUAUGAACGAACAAUCACCAAUGAUGUCACCGUCACCAGGUGGAAUGAAUCAAAACAUGAUUCAACAGCCAGUGCAGUCACCGUUGAGUAAUCCAAUCAUGGCGCCAUCACAAAGUCCACUUCAUUCGCCAAGUCCAAUGAUGAGUUCGCAAUCACCGGGACCAGCGUCGAUUAUGCAAAGUCCCAGCGCUCAUAUGAAUGCCAUGUCACCUUACAACACAAUGCAGCAAUCACCACGCAUUGGAACGCCACAUUCACAGAUUGAAGACAGUCCAUUCAGUCCCAAUUCAGGACCAAUUGAAUCACCAUCAAUGGCUGGACGUUUAACAUCACCAGCACCACGAAUGACUUCACCACAACAUCGUCCAUCAACGCCAAUGCAAAUGAUGAGUCGAAUGGGAAAUAAUCCAGGACAAUUCAAUGUUCAACAAAAUGUCGUCAUGGGACAACAAACUCGAUUCAUUCGUCCACAACAAAUGAUGCAAAAUGAUGGAAAUAAUCGAAUGGGAAUGCGAAUGAGUGGAAACUUCCAGCAAAUCCCUCAUAAUCCAAAUAUUCGUCAAGGAUAUAACAAUAAUAACAACAACACCAAUAAUAACAAUGCAAUGGAUGGAAAUCAACAACAAAUGCAACAAAAUCAAAACAUUGAUCCACAAAUGAGACAAAUGCAAAUUCGUCAGAUGCAAAUAAGACAACAACAGCAGCAGCAACAACAGCAACAAAUGAUGAAUCAACAAGUUCAAAUGAAUCAAAUGAAUCCACAAAUGAUGCAACAACAACAACAGCAACAAAAUCCACAAAUGAUGUCAAAUCAACCAAACCAAAGUCCAAAUCAUCAACAACCACAGUCGCCAUUGAUUAAUCAAAAUUCAAGUUCACCAAUGCCAAGAAGUCCGAUGGUUCAUUAUCAACAACAGCAGCAACAGCAUCAGAAUCCUAACAGUCCAAUGAUGAUGGAUAAUUCUCCACGUCCUUACAUUCAACAGCAACAGCAACACAUGCAGCAGCAAGGAAUGAUGGACCAUGGAAAUCAAAAUCAAAAUAUGAUGCAAGGUGGAGGUGGUGGUGGGGGCGGCAAUGGAAUGCAUCCAGGAAAUCCACUUUUCGGACGUUUUGGUCGAAUAAAGUUAGGACUUCGUGGUGGUAGUCCAAUGUGGGGUAAUAAUGGAAAUAAUAACAACAGAAAGCAACCAACAACAAGCAAUGCUGAAGUAUUACAAAUGAUUAAGAAGGCACAGCAACAACAACAACCAUCAACAUCUGAAAUUGAAAGUUCAUCGAAAGAUUCUGAAACAUUAGUGAAGCCAUUGACACCAAGAGUGAAGACUUCGUUGUUAAAGAAGCCAGCAAUACCACCGGCUAAAAGUAAAUCCCUUGUCAGUACAGAUUACAAUGACGAUGAUUCAUCAAAUGGAACUCCACCAAUAAGUCCAUUAUCGACCUUACAAAAGCCGAGAAUAAAAAUUACUGGGGUCAAAGCGCAAAUGACGUCACAAGCGCUGAAGACAACGGCAAAUGAUGAUGUUGUGAUUGUUGACAGCAGUCCUGAUGAGAAGCAAAGAAUGGUUGAUUAUGAUGACGACAAUGACAAAGUUGUGACGACAUUGACGGAAGUUUCGUUGAAUUCAACAGCGCAAGAUAUUGGCGACUCUGAUGACAUGAUUGAGACAUUUGAUACGAGUGAAUUAAUAUCAAGUCCAUUAAUCACUGAACCAGAAGAGACUGAUUAUGGUCUGUUUGAGUCUCACGUUGUGCAUAUCGAUGACGAGCCACUUAAAGAAAUUAUGAGUCGAAAUGUAUUUGAUGAAGCAAUUCAACCACCAGAACAGCCAAAACCAAUUGAAACUUCGAAGAGUUCUGAGAUUUUGUAUGUUGUCGAAACAACAUCAACAACGAAAACAACGAAAAAUCCUAAAAAUGUUGGAACGUGUGAAGAUUUUGAAGCGAUGAUUGAUUGUGGUAAAGAUGAUGACGACGAUGAAGUUGAAAGUGAGAAGUGUAGUGAAAGUGAAGCAAUACCAAAAUCAUCUGAAAUUACAACAACAAAAAUCAUCGCAAAUACGAUUCAAGAAGUGAGAAAGGAAAUUAAACUUCCAACGUCGUCAGUUUCAAUAACAUUGCCAGCAAAUCUUAUAAGUAAGUCAAACACAUCAAUAGCUGGUGUGACGCAUAAGAAACUCGUUAAAAGUGCAACGCCAACAACAGCAAAAGUUUCGAUUGGCAACACGACAAUUUCUGUUCCAGUUUUAUUGAAAAAUAUGCCAAUGCAGAAUAAAAGCGGCAAUGAUGGACAUCAACAAGGAUCGAAGAAGAUUAUAACAACAAGUGCUUUGUCAUUAACGAAUUUGAAGAAGAAUCCAAACCUGUUUAGUGUUUCGGGACAGAAAAUCAACACAUCAGCAAUUGUGACACUUUCAGUUAAUAAAGGAACAACUCGACCGAUUCAAACUGUUCAAAGAUUUCAACAACAGAAAGCAGGCGGUCAACAGCAGUCAAUAAUCGUCCCAAUUUCUUCAUCACCAUCAUCAUCAGUAUGCACAAAUGUUGGUAUUGUGUCAAAUGUUGCAACAAAUUCAAUAACUAGUCGCUCGUCACCUGUUUUAACAUUUACAUCGAAAAUGCCCACGCUUACGAUGACACAAGACACUUCAUUGCCAUCGAAGAUAUUCGAAGACGAAGAGAUUUCACCUGAAAAUCAAACAGAAAGUUGUGAUGAAGUCGAAGGCUCAACAGCAGUUAAGUGUCAAGUGAAAGAUGAAAGUAAAGAUCAUCCAGUCGAUGAGAAGCCGAAAUCGUUAAUUCCUGUUCAUGUGAUUAUCAAAUCACGUGAAUCUUCACAAAGUCCUGUUCAAGUUCUUAAUAAUCAACAACAAAGAAUUAUGUCAACGGCGAAUAUGUCACAACUUUCACCAUUAUCACAACCAAUUGAAAUAAAUACAAACACACAUAAUGCAACACAACAAAUACGCUCGAUAAUGUCAUCGAUUAAUUCGAAUGAUGAUGGGAAAAAUAAAUCGGAAGCUGAACAAGGCACGCCAACUUCGUCUUCGUCUAUUCAGCAGACAAUUAAUCAACCAAAGACAAUUAUUCGAAGUGUUUCAACGCCAUCAAACGCACAACAAAAUCAAUUAUUUGGAAGUGAAGUGAGAAUGAUUGUAAAUCAACAGCAAAACCCAACUUCGAUGCCAUCGUCACCAACAACGAUUCAAACAUCACAAUCGGGUAAUAUUUUAUUUGUGAAGCAAAUACGAUCAGCAACACCACAAAGUGUGGCGACACUUCCAUCAAGCACUAAUUCGACAAUCGUUGUGAUGAGUCAAUCGGGUCAAAUUCAAUCUCAAGGUUCGGUUAUCAUUUCGUCGCCUUCAUCAUCAUCAUCGUCGUCGGCAAAGCCAAGUAAUCUUCUCAGCAUUUUAAGUAAUCAAGUGUCAUCAUCAUCAAAUAUUGAAGUUAAAAUGGAGCCACCUUCAUCAUCAUCAUCAAUGGACACAAAAACAGUCACAAUCUUAAAAACAAAUCCAACAAUUACAAAUCUUCUCAACACAAAACGAUCAAAGUCAACUGACGACGUGAAGAUAUUCAAAGAAAGCCAAGAAAUUCUCGCUGCAAAACGUUUAAGUUUAGAAUCAUCAAAUGCUGUGAAGACAGAACCUGUUGACGUUCCAGUUGUUAAGGAACUUGUCAUCACUGAGUCACCACAAAAGCAGCAGGAAACUUCGACUUCAAUUCAAACUCCAGUCACAAAACCAUCAACGCCUUCAACUUCCAAACCUGAAGAUUCACAAAAUGUUCUUUUGAAGCAACUUUUACAAAACUCUGGAAAUUCUGUAACGUCGCCACUUUCACGAACUGUUCCUGGCAUUAUCACAAAUCAGAGAGCGCCAAGUCUUGGCAUGUUCAGCUCUUUAGAAGCUCAACUAGCUCGCCCAGUCAUUCCACCAGCACCUGCGAAGCCAAUCAUUGUCUCAACACAACCACUUGUCAGUCAAAUCACCAGCAGCAGUUCUAACAAUAUCAACACAACAAUUUCUUCAUCAACAACUUCAACAACUAAACUUGUGUCACGUGAAACUUCUUUCGUCUCACAACAACCAACAACAUCAAUUCCAACACCGCCACCAACAUCAUCACAAACACCUGCAACAACAUCAUCGUUGACAAUCCAAACAUUGAUGGAAAAUAAACCAAUUGUUGUACUAAAUCGUAACGAUAUUCCAGCUAACAUUUUAGCACAACAAAAUAAACAACAAACAAUGAUAACAAGUCAAAGUGUUGAUGUGAUUGGAAUGGCGCCACCUGUGAACACAAAUGCAGCAGUUAAGAAAGAAAUUGUAUCGCCUGGUGGUGGAACAACAACAUCAACCACAACAGCAUUGAGAACAUCACCAACAAAUGUUGUUACACUCACAAAAAGCAUUUCGCAGUCAUCACUUGGGUCUGGUGGAACAACAACGCCAGUUCCAUUUGAAUCGCCGCUUAUUGAUGUGAAGAAAGAGAUAAUGGAUGACAGUUCACAGUCUGAAUCGAUAAGUUCUGACGUGAGUAUGGUUAAAAAUGAGAAUAUCAUGACAACGCCAUCGUCAACACGUGACAAUGAAUCAAUUAAUGACAAUAUUGAUGAAAGUCCAGCAAAAACACCGCAAGAGAUUGCAAAUGAAAUAAAGAAAGCAAAACGACGCGAAUAUCAAAAGAAUCGACGACAAUUGCAGAUGUCGAAAGAGAAAGGUUUGAAAAAGCCAAGAAAAUUGCAGAAGAAUGAAGAAGAUUACGAUUCGUUUAUGGAUAAUUUAAUGGUGCAUAUUAAAGCACUUCCGCAAAUGCAAAUUCUUGAGCCUUUAUUACCAAAGAAUUUCGGUGUUUGUCCUAUUUAUGGAUGUACUGAACUUAAUAAAUUGAGCUCUUGUAAAAGCUACGACAUAACGUGUGGUGAACUGAAUGGAUUGUAUGGAAAAGCUGAACUUCCAAAUGUUUCCGACUUUUAUAACACGAAACCAUUUGGCUUGUUAGAUCCGAAAGCUGAACCACUUCCAGUGUCAACGCAGCGUGGCUUUUACGAUCAAGAAUUUCCACCAAUUAAGUUUGAAGAAGAAGAACAUCAUCGAAGUAAAUACGAUUUGUUCUCGAAAGACCGUGACAUUGACACACCGGAAACAAUUGUCGCGUCAUCGAGUCCUGAAUGUGUAAUGAAAGCACCACAAAGUCGCUUCCCUGGCUUGAAACUUAUUCGUGAAGAUCACGAUGAAGAUGACGAUGAAAUUGAUUCAUUCAUUGAUAAUCGAAUGUCGCCAACAAUACCAACAAUUAUCGCUCCAAUUCCAAUUAAACUGAAGAGUGGAAUGUCGUUGACAUCUGAUAAUUCAUUGAGUGAUAAAGAGAAUGAUAUGAAGAAGAAAGAACUUGGACUGAAGUCAUGCUUUAGUCCACCAGUGCCAUUUAAAGAUAACAACAAUAAUAAUGUGACAGUGACAUUGACAUUGACAUCGUCAGCUGCUGAAGACAUUAUGGGAGUCUUAAAAUCACUCGCAAACAUCCUCAACAUUCCACCACCGACAGCUUAUCAGAUUGUUGAGCGAACAACGUCGCCGCCUAGUCAAAAGCUUGGAUUAUAUCGUGUGAAAGGAAAAGAUGGCAAAGAAGGACAACCAGUUGACAUUCAAACAAUUCUUAAUGGAACAGCAAAAUUCUGUCGUCAUUGCGAUGUUGUGAUUUUAACAAAUGUGAUAAAAGCGAAAGCGAGUGAAUUUCCACUGUUGAUAAAUGCUGAACUUGAAUCAGAUGAUUUGUACUUCUGUAGUAAAACAUGUUACAAACAAUUCCAAUGGCGUCCCAUUAACAUGCUUGAUGAUAAGAAUCUUUACUCUCAGUUAAAUGAUGAGAAGAGUCUUGAAGUGCUUUCAGAUGUUCCACCAAAAACUGAACAAUCAACGACGAAUGCUUUGAAUGACGGCGCGACUCCAACACAACAAAUGAAAAGGAAGCAUGACGACAAUGAAAUUCACGAUGUUGAUGAUGAAGAUAAUGAGAAGUUAAAGGAAGAAACUCAAAAUGAAAAGCGACAAAAGUUAAUGAAAGUGAAAACUUAUUGUGGAAAUGUUUUCCCACAAAUUCAUAAACAGAAGAAGAUGUCAGAUCGUGAGAUCACUGAAAUGCUUUUCCGUAUGAACAUCACAGUGAAUUCAGCACCAAAGAUCUUGGAAGAUACACGAAAAUGUAUUUUCUGUCAUCAAAUAGGUGACGGCGUUGCUGAUGGUCCAUCAAGACUUCUUAAUUACGAUGUUGACAAAUGGGUUCAUUUGAAUUGUGCUUUGUGGUCGGAUGGAGUUUAUGAAACCGUCAAUGGAGCUUUAAUGAACCUUGAACCGACACUUCAAACAAGUUUAAGCUCGCAAUGUUCGAUUUGCAAUCAUCUUGGCGCCACAAUUAAAUGUUUCAAAGCACGAUGUGGAAGUAUUUAUCAUCUCAGUUGUGCAAUGAAGGAUAAUUGCGUGUUCUAUAAAAACAAAACAACAAUGUGCAACAUUCAUGCACCAAAAUCCGAGAAAGACAAUGAAUUAACAACUUUAAGUGUUCAACGACGUGUUUAUAUUGAUCGUGAUGAGAAUCGUCAAGUUGCAUCGAUUAUGCAUCAUUCCGAUUUGACGAAUCUUUUGAGAGUUGGAAGUUUGGUGUUGUUAAAUGUUGGACAACUUUUACCGCAUCAACUUCAAGCUUUCCACACGAUUAAUUACAUUUAUCCGAUUGGCUUCAAGAUUAUGCGAUUCUUUUGGUCAAUGCGUCAUCCGAAUAAGAGAUGUCGUUACAUUUGUUAUAUUGUUGAUGUGUCUGGUCGUCCUGAGUUUAGAAUUCUAGUCAAAGAAGCGAACGAAGAAGACAUUGAGUUACGUGAUGAAACACCAAAGAAAGUUUGGCAGAGAAUUCUAGCGCCAAUUGCAAAACUUCGAAAAGAACAUCAAUUGGUUCAAGUCUUCCCGAAAUAUGUCAAUGGUGAAGAUUUGUUUGGGUUAUCAGAGCCAGCUGUCGUAAGAAUUCUUGAGAGUUUGCCUGGCGUUGAAACAUUGACCGAUUAUCGGUUUAAAUAUGGACGAAAUCCAUUGUUGGAACUUCCAUUAGCCAUAAAUCCAUCAGGCGCUGCAAGAACUGAACCGAGAAUCAAACAAAAUGUUUCGUGGAAGAAACCACACACACAACGUACUGGAUCAUCAAGUCAAAGACCUGCAUUUGUACCAUCAACAUCAGCUGGUGAAGUGGCGUGUCCUUACAGCAAACAAUUUGUCCACUCAAAGAGUUCGCAAUAUAAGAAGAUGAAGCUUGAAUGGCGAAAUAAUGUCUUUUUAGCGAGAUCAAAGAUUCAGGGCUUGGGUCUUUAUGCAGCUAGAGACUUGGAGAAGCACACGAUGGUUAUUGAAUACAUCGGGGAGGUUAUUCGUGGUGAAUUGGCAGAACUUCGUGAGAAGCAAUAUGAAGCUAAAAAUCGCGGAAUUUAUAUGUUCCGUUUGGAUGAGGAUCGUGUCAUUGAUGCAACUUUAUCAGGGGGGUUAGCACGUUACAUCAAUCACAGUUGUAACCCGAAUUGUGUCACGGAGGUAGUUGAAGUUGAUCGUGAAUUCAGAAUAAUAAUUUUUGCAAAACGAAGAAUAAACCGAGGCGAAGAGCUCUCUUAUGACUACAAAUUUGAUAUUGAAGAUGAAUCGCGUAAAAUUGCAUGCGCGUGUGAAGCGACCAAUUGCAGAAAAUAUUUAAACUAAGCUAAAGGCUUCCAUGUAAAUAGAUCCCUUGAAAAGCAACGUUAUUUUAUAAAUAUGAUGACCAUAAAUAAUGAAACGUAGAAGAAAAACAUCUCACUUUUUGUGUAAUAAUUAGUAUGUAAGAAUUUAUUAGAUUUUAUAUGGACAAAUGAAGGAAAAUGUUAAUUUUAUAAGAAGAACCAAGAGAAAUGUAAAAAUCUAUAUUAUGAAUAAUAAAAUUACCUAUUUACUAAAUUUAAUUAAAAACUUGUCUUUGUUUAAUUUGCUUAAUUAAAAACUUGUCUUUGAUUAAUUUCUUUAGUUUAAUCAAAUUUUCCCAAGGAAUGCUUAGAACGUCAAAUUUCAGGUUCAUUUGCUUCGUCAUAUCAACAAUACUUUAACAAAGUCGAGUUGUCUUAAGCAGGAAGAUAAUUGUUAACGUCGCAAUCACAUUGUCGCUCAAACAGUUUGACAUCUCAGAAGAAUCUGGGGAAGUUUUAUUUCUUCA